AUGGCUACCAACACCAUCACCCAAGAAGAACCCACGCAAAACGUGCGGCGCAAUGCGCCCCGCACGUCCGACACCAUCACACGCCGGGGACAUCACGGCCCCGUUCCCCUUCCCACAGACUCGGCCUUCAUCCCGAUCGGGACUAUCCCCGCGAGUCCUCAAGGAACGGCGCCGACGUAUCUCUCCCCACCAUACCAAAAUCAGGGCAGCAUCCCAUACGCGUACCCAGAACAACACCGAUCAUCCAUGGCGAACUACCCCAGCUUCCCCUCCAUACAUCUCAGUCAAGCCGAGUACUCGUCCACCCCUGCACACCCCGCCGUCCAACACUACGCGACGUCUCGACCCCAACCCCGACCGGAUCCACUGGCCACGCCACGUGGACGAGCGCUGGAGGCGUGGCGAAUCUUCCGCCUACUUGGAGAGCACCCCCAUGCGGCGGUACCAACAGAUCCCAUGGACGGAUACGUCGAGAUUGUGCAGUGGCUGCGGUACUUCGCGGUCAGCCUGCAGCGCGGGUACGUCUGGACUCGUCACAUUCCGUUUUUCAGCGACCUCCGAUGCGCGAGAGAGCUCGCUGACCUAUUGCGCGCCACACGCGACGUUCCCGAGAGUCAUAACAUUUCCUUCGAGGAAUACGACUUGACGGAUCUCGUGGGUAGGGCGGAGAGGUCGGGUCUAGCCCCGCUGCAGCUAAGGGAGGGAGAAGGCGUGUCCUUCAUCCGCGCCGACAGAGAACCUCCCAUCACUAUUGGC